ACCCGCUCCAAUCUGGUGACGUCUUCUACUCCGUCACCUCUCGUCAUGCACUACCGUGCAACCUCUUCGUCUGGCAGUCACUGGCUACCUAUUAUUAGUGACUGUCUUUGAUUUCAAGGGGGAUAAAGAAUUGGCUCUUAUAAGAACCAUGUCUCUCGCUGGCUGAUGUAACUUUCUUACAUUUCUACCCUACUACACCUUCUUCUACAUCUACAUCUCCCACCUCACUACCUCUACCACUACCGCCCAAGUAUACCACCAAAAUGUCCCUCCCAGACAAGCAAUGGGCCCAGGUGGUGGAAAAGAAGGGCGGCCCCCCAGUCUACAAGCAAAUCGCCGUCCCCAAGCCUGGCCCGGACGAAAUCCUCGUCAAGAUCCGCUACUCCGGCGUCUGCCACACGGACCUCCACGCCAUGAAAGGCGACUGGCCGCUGCCGCUGAAAUUGCCGCUGGUCGGCGGACACGAAGGCGCGGGCGUGGUCGUCGCCAAGGGCGAGCUGGUGAACGAGUUCGAGCUGGGCGACCACGCCGGCAUCAAGUGGCUGAACGGCGCGUGCAUGACCUGCGAGUUCUGUCGACAGGGCGAGGAGCCUCUGUGUCCUAAUCCUCAGCUCUCGGGCUAUACCGUCGACGGUAGCUUCCAGCAGUAUGCGAUCGGCAAGGCUGCUCUGUCUUCCAAUAUCCCCAAGGACGUGGCCCUCGACGCGGUCGCCCCGAUCCUCUGCGCCGGUCUCACUGUCUACAAGGGUCUGAAGGAGUCGGGGAUCCGUCCCGGCCAGACGGUCGCUAUUGUCGGCGCUGGUGGUGGAUUGGGCUCGCUCGCUCUGCAGUAUGCCAAGGCUAUGGGUCUCCAGGUGGUUGCUAUCGACGGGGGGGAUGAAAAGAAAGCCAUGUGCGAGAAGCUUGGUGCGAAGACCUACGUCGACUUCACCAAAUCCAAAGACGUCGUCGAAGACGUCAAAGCCGCCACCCUCGACGGCCUCGGCGCGCACGCCGUCAUCCUCCUUGCCGUCAGCGAAGGCCCCUUCCAGCAAGCCGCGGGAUACGUGCGCUCUCACGGAUCCAUCGUCGCCAUCGGUCUUCCCGCACACGCGUACCUCAAGGCGCCCGUGUUCAACACCGUCGUGCGCAUGAUCAACAUCAAGGGCAGCUACGUCGGCAAUCGGCAGGAUUCGGUCGAGGCGAUUGAGUUCUUCGCGCGUGGGUUGAUUCAUGCGCCGUUUAAGACGGUGCCGUUGAAGGACCUGCCGCAGGUUUUUGAGUUGAUGGAACAAGGCAAGAUCGCAGGCCGCUACGUUCUCGACGUGCCGCAGUAAUCAAUCA